UCAUUUUACAGUAACUAGCAAAAGCAUUCACAUCGAUACAAUUUCUACUCGUGUUUUUGUUUUUUUUCGUACUCGCUUUUUAUUUUCUUUUUCAUAUUUUGCAAAAACAUGGAGCAAACGAAUAAUGUAAAGUUGCUUAUCGAGAAGUUCGAGAGCAUGAGCAUGCGAAAAGUUCACAUCGCGGACGCUCCACAGGAUUGGCAUCUGAGCGGAAACAGUGGACGAGUGGCCGAGACUAUUGCCAAAUUUGAGCACAACAUCUAUCCAUUUUCGAUGCACACAAUUGCCAGCAAAUCGCGUUGGGAUCAGAGCACACGGCGCUGGAUUCGUGUGCUGAAGGAGAAGAUGAUGCUGCAUGUGCGUGAGCUGGAGGAGCAGGAGAAAGAGGAGGGGGACGAAAAGGAAGAGAAUCUAGAUAAGCUCCUUGAUCAAGUGAUGGAGCAGGAUCAGCAACUAGAUCUUAUCUCAUGCUUGGACAGCGAUGAGCAGCUGCCAACACCGAUAAACAUCAACUCUAGUGCCUACAAUAUUUCAACUGAUGACAGCUUCACUGACCUAACUCUCCGUAACAAGAAGUUGCGUCCCAUUGAAAGCUGCACUUGGUAAUCUUCACAAACUGGAUUCUUUAAAAUGAACCAAUCGAAAUUUAACGCAUAAAAUGGCCGCCACGAUUUUUAAUUUUAUAUCCCUUUGGCUUCAUCGUGUACAAAUUUAAGUAUUUAUAUAUGUGCCAAAUGCAUCGCUUGAGAGAAACAA